CAGGCCUCGCCCGGCGCGGUCCCCUGGAGCAACGCGGCAGGGCUGAGUGCUGCGCGAGCCCCCGACCCGGUCCGCCCUCACGAAUGAUUAUUCAUAGUGAUGGCUUGCAAGGUCAUAAACAAAAGAAGACACAUAGGACUUCAACAGCUUUCAUUGUUUGCAGAAACAGGAAGAAGUUUCCUAGGCCCAGCAAGGGCCUCUAAGUUUAUUUUAAACAUGGAGUGUCAUGAAAGUGUGUUAGUCAGCUCAACAGUUGGGCUCCUUGGAAGUUUGGAUUUAACCAGUGCAGUGGGACAUCUUCUCAGUGAAGCAGUUCAAGCACAGAAUGGCACAUACAGAACUGGAACAAGCACCCUUUUGUUUCUUAUUGGUGUAUGGAGCAGUGCCGUUGAAGAGUGUUUCCAUCUUGGUGUCCCCACUACAGUGAUAGUAUCAGUAAUGUCAGAAGGCUUGAACUCCUGCAGUGAAGUGGUCACUUCCCUUCAAGUACCCAUUCACAGUAUAUUUGACCACAUGAACACCAUUCGGACACUUUCUGGACUUGAAACUAUUGGAGUCAGUUUGUGUCCUUUUCUACAAAUGCCUUCAGGUACCAGGACAUCAGAAGAACAUGGUAGCACUGAUGGUACAUCUCAGUGGAUGGCCACUUAUCUUUCUGGGAGACCUGAUAAAUUGCCUGAAUUUUUUAAAGCUCAGGCUAAGAUGGAAGCAGAUAAGAACAUGCCACAAUCUUUGAAAGACAGCCUGCAUGCAGAUACUUUUUGUAGAAAGUCAGUACUGACCCAUAGUAGGCAUUUUAAUAGGACAGAUGAUAGCCACAGGGUACAUGAACCCAGUAGAUUUCUACAACAAUAUGGUUCGACUUCUCCCAAAACUUGUACACAUAAUGAUUUGACAGAGUUGGCAGUUGGCUUGAGUCAUGGAGACCACAGCAGCAUGGCAUUAGCAGAAGCUGCAGUGCAGCUGCAGUGGCAGAAUGUGUGCCUGCGGAAAGGUCACAGCAUGGCCCCAUCUGUAUUUGACAUUUCAAGACUCCUCACUUGCUGUCUCCCAGGCUUACCUGAAGCUUUUUCUUGUGUUUGUCCAGGAUAUGUCACUGUUGUACCUAUGUCUAGUAUUACGCUGAUUGAGGAAUUGCAGAAUCAGCCUGUCCGGGUGGCUCUCGUUGAGGGUGAUCUUACAGAGCGUUACCGCCAUCUUGGAUUUAAUAGGUCUACAGAUAUUAAGACAGUUCUAGAAGCAGGGGAGUUUCCAGAAGACAGCUCAGAAGAACUGUGGACAAACUGUGUAAUACAAAUGUUAACCCAGUUCAAUGUGAACCUCAUCUUGGUACAAGGAAAUGUAUCUGAACAUUUGACUGAAAAAUGCAUGCAUAGUCAGCGGCUGGUGAUUGGGUCAGUGAGUGGCACUGUGCUGCAGGCAUUUGCCGAGGCUUCGGGAGCAGUACAGGUAACCUAUAUUACUCAAGUGAAUGAAGACUGUGUGGGCAGCGGGGUCUCUGUGACCUUCUGGAGAAGUCCCCAGGAUGUGGACAGAAACAACAGGACAGCAAUCUUGCUAAAAACAGAAGGAAUUAAUUUGAUGACAGCUGUGCUCACUAGCCCAGUCAGUGUACAAAUACAAACCAAAGAGGACAGGUUCUGGUCUUGUGCAUAUCGUCUGUAUCAUGCUCUGAAAGAGGAAAAGGUCUUUCUUGGUGGUGGAGCAGUUGAAUUUUUGUGUCUUAGCCAUCUUCACAUUCUUGCUGAGCAGUCUUUGAAAAAAGGAAACCAUAUCUGUUCUGGAUGGCUUCCUAAUACUUCCUCUUGGUUGGCCUCAUCUCUGCCAAUCUAUAGACCAACUGUGCUGAAGUGCCUGGCCAGUGGGUGGCACAGAUACCUUUCAGCUCUCUUGUGUAACACUGGAAGUUACUCAUCUGCAAUGGAAGCCAGCACAUUCAUUCAACACCAUCUGCAAAAUGCCAUGGACUCUGGCUGUCCUUUGUCUUACAUCUUGAGUGAAUAUAGUAAACUAAGCAGUGGAUUUUUUCAUUCAGUUACUUCAGAUAACCUGGAACAGGUUCCCAGGGUGUAUGACACCAUUAUACCAAAAGUUGAGGCGUGGCGCCAAGCACUGGAUUUGGUGCUCUUAGUACUUCAAACUGACAGUGAAAUUAUUACUGGACUUGGAUGCACACAGGGUAAUUUGCAGGAAUUAGAUGGGCUUUUAUUGUAGUGUUAGUGUCUAAGGUCUUUGGGAAAUACUAUCUUAUAUCGUGUUAGUAAAUUGUUAAUAGUGAAGUCAUAGUGUCCAAAAUGCUAGCUGUAGGGGGUAUAGCUCAGUGGUAGAGCAUUUGACUGCAAAAUGCUAGCUGUUACUAGGAAUAAGUAAUUGACACCUGUCAGUAACUGGUCAGGAUCUGAGAUUUUAUCCUACUUGAAGGUAACAAACUAGCCUGUUACUGUUUCAUUUGUGCUACAUGACGCGCAAGACACUUGAAUCACAGGCCAACAGCCUUUACUAUUCACAGUAAAAAGCUGCAUCCAGAAAGCUUUGCACAGACUGAGUUCUUUCAUAGGAGAGGAACCCUUGAACUAAAUCCAAGUUAUGGAGAAAUAAAGUCCACAGAAAAGACAAGAAGUACAUUUUAUUUACAGUAACCAAGAGAGGCAUUUCCUCCUUCACAGAGUGCUCAAAUUGCAAAGCACUUGUGUUGCACUUUUUUUUUUUAAUGUUAGAUAAGUAAAUGUUUUACAAAGGAUGACUCCCAUGUAAAGUCUGGACCAAUUGAACAGUCACCCUCUGAAAACUUUUAAAGCCAUUACAUUGAGUAGAAUUUCUUGGGUCACUGGCUCAUGUCGCUGUUCUACUUUAAAAGGAUUAGUAUGGUGAGAGUCAGAGCAGUCAAGGGUCUCAGAGUGGAUGUACCUUGAUGACAGCAUCACUUACCAUGUUGGUGGCUUUCUGAGCCCUGUUAUAGUACCCAUACUAAUCAAACUUGAGAGUUGUCUAAACAAAGACAUGAAUUUCAUAUUUAUUUUUGUAAUACAACUUUCUGAAAGAGCAGAAUACUCGUGAACUAAAGCAAGGACUUUAUUUUGUGCCAGAAAAUCUCUCUGAGAAGCAAGGAAGAUCAUCUCUUAUAGAAGAAUUUCUUUUUUAAACAUUUAUUUAUUUAUUUGAGAAAAAGAGAUACAUGAUACCACUGUGCAGUGGGAACUGAUAAACACUCUAGAAGGAACAAGGACAGAGAUGAUCUUUAAAUAUGAAUUGAUGCCUAGCCUUACCUGGGAACUGAACCCAUAUGUUUAGGAAAAAAAAAAUCAGUCACAUCUUUGCAAAUCUGGGA